GUUACACCCUCCAGUCCGCUAGGGAGCGGUAAUGCUCAGCUGAGCCGGCUGCCAACCAACGAAACACCUCCGGGGAAGAACAUUUCCACCGACACUUGUUUUGAACGACGCAUCACGCAAGCUGCUCUUACACAAGCGUCUGCGCAGGGAAAGAGAGAAAUAACUUUUGAGGAUUCUGUCAUGGAUUCCCUGCAUCCGGGCAAAAAGCCUAACUUUAAUCGAGAGCCGAAGCGCAACCAGAUUCCAUUGCGCUCUCCCCGUCAAAAAGACGCCUAUGCCCGGCUCCUUAGCCAGCAUCGCACUGGCAAGUUCAGUGCGUUUUUAGAGGAGUAUGCCAAGGACUCUGUGCUCAGAAAGGAGGGGGUCGCAGUGCUUGAAGAUCAGAGUGGGAGCGUGACUGUACCGCCACAAAAAGUGGAGCAUGUACCUCGCGAUUACUCAGAUUCCACUGACUUCUCGCCUCCCUUUGUGAAAACCAAAGAGUCCUUGUCUUUAUACAUGAAGAAACUGACCACUAGCAUCGCUCAGGAGAGUGAAAGAAAACCAGGUGUCCCUGACGUGCAGCGACAUGGACAGAGAAGGGACACGGCCACCAGCCAGGAUGCAGAUAUUGAGUCUGGGGAGGAGCUCGGCUCUGUAAAACCCUCCCACACAAAAAAGCACCAGAAGCAGCAAAAGAAAAAUAAAGAGUCAAACAGAGAUGCUGCACUGAAGGAGGUUCAGCUCGCUGGUCCGAAAAUGCCGUCUCCUAAAAAAGACUUUGCUGGUGUGCAGGAGCAGGACAUGGGGAAGAAGCACAAGAGAAAAACGCAGCAGGAGCCCAACCAGGAGAGAAUCCAAGAGGGAACUUUAAAAUCUGGAGCUGAUCCUCAGGCAGCAAUGUUCAAAGACAAAACUCCUCAGAAUCCCAGAGCUGACAAGUGUAAGAGCAAAAGAGGACGAGGAUUAAAGAAGCAAGUCUUUGAACCCUACAUGACGUUGGAGGAUGUUUCCCACGGUCUCAAACGAGGAGAACUCAUUCAGGGUCAGCUAAGAAUUAAUCCCAAGAAGUACCAUGAAGCUUUCAUCCCAUCUCCUGAUGACAAGUGGGAUAUUUUUCUGGAGGGGGUUGAGGCCCGUAACAGAGCCCUGAACGGUGACAUAGUGGUGGUGGAACUUCUGCCUCAAGAGCAGUGGAAGGUGGUAAAAUCAGAUGCAGACUGCGAUGGAGCCAGUGAGUCAGAAACCUCAGUGGAAACGACUCGGAACAAGACCCGGGUCCCGAAUCCCGAUCCCCCCUCGGACAGCGAUUGUAAUGAGCUUGUCGACAGAUGUCAAAAAGUAGCUCUCGUGGACACAGCAGGAAAACCUCAGGAGGGUUCUUCAACACCACAGACUAAUGAAAAAACACUUCAGAAAACGGCUAAGGUGGUUUACAUUGUUGAGAAGAAACACUCCCGUGCUGUGACCGGCUCCCUGAAGUUCUUUCCGGACAAACCUUUUGCCUUGUUCUCUCCUGUGGACCAUCGGGUUCCUCGCAUCAACGUCCCUCUUUCAGACUGUCCCGAAGACUUUAACAUCCGUCCAGAGGUCUACGCCAACACCCUGUUCAUCUGUCGGAUCACUGACUGGACAGCCGACAACGCCUUCGCACAAGGGCGACUUGCUAAGACGCUUGGCCAAGCAGGAGAAAUCGAGCCAGAGACGGAGGGAAUCCUGACCGAGCACAGCGUGGACUUCUCUGACUUCACACCGGAGGUGUUGGAAUGCCUUCCUCAGCCACGUCCCUGGUGCAUCCCACCUGAGGAGCUGGAGAAGAGGAAAGACCUGAGGAGGGACUGCAUCUUCACGAUUGACCCUGCGACUGCCAGAGACCUGGAUGAUGCUCUGUCCUGUAAACUGCUCCCAGAUGGUAAUUUUGAGGUAGGAGUGCACAUUGCAGAUGUAAGCUAUUUUGUGAAAGAAGACACCGCUCUGGAUGAAGCUGCUAGCCAACGAGCAACCAGUGUGUACCUGGUUCAGCAGGUGGUUCCAAUGCUGCCUCGACUGUUGUGUGAGGAGCUGUGCAGUCUGAACCCCGACUUCGACAGACUCACCUUCUCUGUGAUCUGGAAACUCACACCUGAGGGAAAGAUUCUUAGCGAGUGGUUUGGCCGCUCAGUCAUUCGCUCUUGCGCAAAAUUGAGCUACGACCACGCUCAGAGUAUGAUUGAGGCUCCGGAGAAGCUAUUCUCUCCUAAUGAGCUGCAGCUUGACAACCCUGAACACCCCAUUGACGAGAUUCACGAAGCCGUCCUCAGACUGCACUCCAUUGCCCAGAACCUACGGCGUCAGCGCAUCUCAACGGGGACCCUCAAACUGGAUCAGGUGAAGCUUUCUUUCAACAUUAACAAAGAGAGCAUGAUGCCAAACAGCUGUAGCGUGUAUGAAUACAAAGACAGUAACAGGUUGGUAGAGGAGUUCAUGUUGUUGGCUAACAUCGCCACAGCACACCACAUUCAUCGCAAAUUCCCCGACUUGGCCCUGCUCCGGCGUCACCCUCCACCCAAAACUAAGAUGAUGGAGGAACUUAAGGAGAUGUGCAGCCAGCUGGGGAUCGACAUUGACUUGAGCUCUCCUGGAGCGUUGCAGGAGAGUCUGAACAACCUUACUGGUAAGGAUGAGUACUCUGCCGCCCGAAAAGCGGUGCUGACACACCUGUGCUCCAGACCCAUGCAGAUGGCGCUUUACUUCUGUUCAGGCAUGUUGAAGAACGAACAACUUUUCAAACACUAUGCCCUAAACAUUCCUCUCUACACGCAUUUCACCUCCCCUAUCAGACGUUAUGCUGACAUCAUAGUGCACCGGCUGCUGGCAUCUUCACUCAAGUGCGGGCCACAUUUACAGCUGUCAGCGCAGGAAGUGGAAAAGCAGGCGUUGCACUGCAACAACAAGAAGAUGUUGGCCAAGAGAGUCUGGGAGCUCAGCUCUGAGCUCUUCUUUGGACUGCUUGUGAGGGAGUCUGGCCCGCUGGACUCGGCAGCCAUGGUGAUGAGGGUGCUGGAUCAGUCCUUCGAUGUGCUGGUCAUCAAGUAUGGCGUGCAGAAACGUGUCUACUGCAAGGCCACUAAGGGCCUGCAGUCGUUCAGAUAUCAUCAGGUGGGGAAGAAGUCUGAGCUCACUCUGGUUUGGUUACCAGAAAAUCAAGAUGGUCCCCCUUUUGAGCAGGUCAUUUCGAUCUUCUCGCUGGUGGAGGUGCAGCUGACAUCCGAGGGUUCCCCUCUGAAAUACACUGCUCUGCUCAAGAGACCGCAGACCAACGGGGCCUAGAAAGCCCUUCAACUUCAAACUGCGUUUUAUUUUUAAAACUAAAAGAAAUUUCAGCCUGACACAACUUGUGUGAAGUUUUUUUUUUAAUCAUUAUUGACCUGAUGAGGUCAGCUUUACAUGGACAUGGUAAAAGACUAAUGUGUUAAAAAAAGGAUAUUCUAACGUCUUUUUAGUUUAAAGCUCCUCAAAUCAAAUUAGAAAAUGACUACUGGUAAAAUGCAGCCAAAUUUGUGUUUCUAUUUGUUGUGACAAAACAUUAGGUGUUAAAAUGAUAAGAUAUUUGUAGAUUAUUAAUCAUAUACGUAUAUAUAGUCUGAGUAGUUUAGACAAAACAUUUACCAUCUUUCUUCAAAGCUUUUCCUUAGAAUACUUGAAUAUUCUUUUGAAGUAAGGAGCACAGGCGAAUAACAGUGAUCAGUUUCUUCCUUUGACAGCCUCACAGAGGCUCACAGGAUUUAAAAUAUCAACAUCUGAAUAUUUCCUGGCCGUGUUUAUGUAGUAAAACUUGUGAUUUCCUCGUAUGAAGUGUUGAGCAUCAAAGCUGCUGUCGUGACGUGUACCUCACUGUAUUUUCUUGAUUUGCCCUUUAAAUGAGGCUCAUUCACCUACAGUUAGUGUUUUAGCAACAUUAUUUUUAACCACACUGAGGGAAAACCUGCCCUUGAACUGCUACUUUAAAGUUAAUGGCCUUUAUUCAAAUGAGUGUCAAUUUUAUUGAGUCCUUUCUCUGCUGCUUUGUUCACACUUUUGUUGAUGCGCUUUGUGUGGAACUGUAAUUUAUAUUUAUAAAUUGACUUUUCUUUUCAUAAUUGCAUAAAAAAAUGAUUUACUUGACUUUCUUUGCCUGUUUCUGUCCACCAGUCUGAUUUUAGUGAAAUAUUGUCAGUUUUUUGUAGAUGAACUGCCAACUUUGUACUAUUGUCAUUAACUUUCUCCUUUUAUAUUUUGUUUUGAGGUUAUCAUAAUUAAAAACAAAAUGCCACUUACA